AUGGUCAGACUCUCAAGCAAUUCCAUCUCUGACCUGGGGAUUGCGACGAACUUGGAGGCGCUGAUGUCGACCUUGGAGGAGAUGAUCUCGGCAAAAACCCAAGAAUUGGCUGAUGGCAUGGAAAAACUGAGGCACGAAAACGAAGAACUCAAGCUCAAACUGAAGCACGAAACGGAAAAACUGAAAUUUCAGCAGACAGAACAGGCAGCGGACAUGCAGCGGCGAGAGAACACCGUCGAAGAAAGACUGCUCUACUUGGAGGCUCGCUCUUUCGAGUCUGUGACAUGCAACGACCUCACCUGGCCUGCCGCAGCUCCUCCAUCGUGUCAGACCCUGGCUGACCUGGGGGUGACCCACACGGGAACCUACCUGGUGGACCCAGAUGGCGUUUUCAUCGGCGAUCCGCCCAUUCAAGUGCUCUGCGACAUGGAAACGGAUCCGGUGUCCACCGUUGUUCUGCACGACUCGAUGGGAAAUACGGAGAUAGAUCAUUGUGCAGAUCCUGGCUGCUACAGACGUGUCGUUGGCUACGAGGCAACAAUGAAGCAGAUGGUGGCGCUCAUCGAUCAAUCGGAGUCGUGCCAACAGCAAAUACGAUUGAGACUCAGCCUAGACUAUUCUCCCUUACAGUACGACUGCUUCGCCACGGCCCUGAGUUCAGGUGACACACACUACGCAUGGUGGUUGGACCGCCACGACGAUGCUCAGUAUUACUGGGACGGAGCGAACGCAGGAGAACACGUGUGCAAUUGCGGCCUCUCCGACGACUGCGUCGACUCCGCCAUGCCUUGCAAUUGCGAUGCAGAAGCCCCACAAUGGGAAUCCGACUCGGGAGCGAUCACGAACGGAACAGCACUGCCUAUAACCGAAUUGCGCUUCGGCGGACUACAAUUCGACGGUCAGAUGGCGAAUUACACACUGGGCGGAUUGACUUGUAAAGGGAAAGCUCCGCCCCCGGGAAACCCAGCAGAAUCUUGCUCGACUCUCCGUCAAGCUGGAAACACUGGGACGGGUUAUCACCUGAUCACCAACAAGGAAGGGCGGUUUGACGUCGUUCUGUGCAGAAUGGAUUUGGAAGAGACUGACUCGGAGUUUCAGAUCAUGACCAGUGCGCGUAUUGCAGAAGAAGUCGUUUAUUUCGAUACGAUUGGAGCAUCGGGAAGUGUAGACAGCAUUGAUGAAAAUGGCUUCAUGAUGGAUCAGAGACUCCAAUUGAUGCCAUCAAACAACACACCAUUGAUUCCUUUUGAAAGUCUCUCUGAUGUUGCUGUGAGGUCAGAUCUGGCUCCUGGAGUUCCUCAUGGAUUUCAUAUUUGGGGAGGAGGAUAUCCCAUCAAUGGUCUCACCUGGCAGACUGAAACCUUGAAGACACAGGCUUCAAAGGAAGACUGCUCUCAGAUGUCCCUCAAUGAA